UCGGGCCAUUGGUUGGUUAUUCGAAAAAGACAGGAUGAGCAUGGAAGACAUCGCUCGCGUCCACCGACGCCUGACCAAGUUCCUCCAGGGCGACGAAGGCAGCCAGAGCGCCGUCCUCGAUGGGCUCGACCACCUCGACUCGAUCGCCAUGACGCUCAGCCUCCUAAAGGAGUCCAAGAUCGGCCAAGCCAUCGGCAAGCUGCGCAAGCACGACGACGCCAAGGUGGCCGAGAAGGCCAAGCACCUCGUCAAGAAGUGGAAGGCGCUCGCGCUCUCGCCGCGCACGAGCGCGACCGACGUGACCAAGGACGCGCCCAAGAAGACGACCGAGAUGGCCGCCGUCGCCAAGAAGCUGGAGGCCAAGGUCGAGAAGACGGCCGAGAAGAAGCCGUCGGCCAACUUUUUGCCGUCCAACUUGAGCAACGUGCGUACGACCGUGCGUAAGAAGCUCAAGGAAGUGCUCGAGCUCGCGGACGAAGAUCUGCGCUCGGAAGCCGAGUUUGCGGCCAUGUCGAUCGAGACGGCAAUGGCCAAGCUCUACAAGAUGGACAAGGGCUUGGAGCCCGCGGACAUGAAGAAGGAAUACACGAGCAAGUUUCGCCAGCUCUCGUUCAACCUCAAGAAGAACGAAAUGCUGCGCGACGAGGUGCUCACGCUCACCGUGACGGCCGACCAGCUCGUGCUCAUGACGCCGGACGAGCUCGCGACGCAGGAGCUCCGCCUCGAGAAGGACAAGUUCCGCGAUGACGCGUUCCAGAGCUCGCGCCUCGACUGGGACGUGGCGAACGCCGACAAGAUCAACAAGCAGUGCGGCAUCACGGACGCGCGGGGCCUCUUUACGUGCGGCAAGUGCAAGUCUACCAACACGAGCAACACGCAAAAGCAGACGCGCAGUGCCGAUGAACCCAUGACGGUCUUUGUGCUCUGCCACGACUGCGGGAAGCGCUGGAAGUGCUAAGCCCUCCUAUUUAGCCAUCACAUCCCUUCUUCGCUUCCUCCCUGAUAUUAGAAUACAGUCGCUGGAAGGAAACUAAUUAUGUCGUUCUCCCAUCC